UUAUUUUUACUGUUUUCAAUGCUUUGAUUAGUGGUGUCAAUUAUAUAGUUUCUCAGGAAUAAUAACUGAUUGAACCCCAGUCAUCCGCAGUGACUAUAGAGCUAUGCUGCCAAUCGCUGGAAUAAAAUGAGCGUAGGUGCCUGGCAGCGGGUGUUGCAAAAUUCGAAUUAAAACUUGCUUGUGUUCGAGCUUCGCACUUACCGUUGGGUAGUCAACAACUCGAUGCUCUGGAUCCAGUAAAAGUGAGGAACUAAAACUAGCGACGACAAAGAUUGAAUGGAGGAAAUCUCAAGAGACCUGUAGGAACGUAUCUGUUAGUGCUGCUACACAAUAAAUAUAUGGGAAGAUUUAGGAUCUCGUCACACUUGAAUGAUGGUAUCUCUCGUUGAAUUGCUCACGCUAUCAUUGGCACUGCUAUGCGCCUUACAUGGAGAAGCCAAAGAGUUCACACAAUCGACAAAUCAAGUAACACCUCCUGAUGCCAUACCCCGACUGGAGCCAAUCAAUGGAACGCAAAACUAUCGGAUGCAUGGAAAGAAAGGUAAAGAUGACAAGACCUGGUUUGACGGUCGCGAGAUGCGAUACAUAUAUUGCGUUCGACCUGCUAAAUGCGAGCCAAUUAGGCACAAAUCCUGUCUUGGAUCACCACUACCGUAUUCGUCUAUCAGCUUAGAUUUAACAGACUCAUUCAGCCAAGAGCAAACUCACGACAAGCUGUAUCAGUACAAUGCUUUGCGACACGUUCCGAAAUGUUGGGCUGUAAUUCAACCUUUCCUUUGUGCGGUUUUCACACCGAAAUGCGAAAAAAUCAAUGGACGUGACAUGGUUUACCUACCAUCGUUAGAAAUGUGCAAGAUUACUCUCGAGCCAUGUCGCAUCCUGUAUAAUACCAGCUACUUUCCGGAGUUUUUAAAGUGCAACGAAACACUCUAUCCAUCCAAGUGCAACAAUGACGUACGAGAGGAGAUGAAAUUUAAUGCUACCGGACAAUGUUUGAAACCACUGGUGGCAGCUGAUUCACCGGCCAAUUUUUAUAAAGAUAUCGAUGGUUGCGGUUUGCAGUGUAAGGAUCCUCUGUUCACCGAUGAUGAACAUCGACAGAUCCAUAAGCUCAUAGCCUGGGGAGCAGGAGUGUGUCUUACUUUUAAUCUGUUCACAAUUGCUACGUUUGUGAUUGAUUGGCGCAAUACGAAAAAGUAUCCAUACGCGUUGGUGAUUUUCUACAUCAACUUUUGUUUCAUGGUGGCAUGUUUAGGUUGGCUGGCUCAAUUUACUCCUGGCGGUUGGGAAGAUAUUGUGUGCCGCAAGGAUGGAACACUUCGUAGUUCGGAACCGAGUGCCGGCGAAAAUCUGUCCUGUAUAGUUGUGUUUAUUUUAGUAUAUUAUUUUCUAAUUGCUGCGAUGGUUUGGUUCGUGAUAUUUACAUAUGUAUGGCAUCGAUAUUUUAAAGCUAUUGGUAAGAUUCAGGAUCGCUCAAUACGAAAAAAUGGCUCAUACUUUCAUCUCAUCGCGUGGUCACUGCCGCUGGUGCUAACCAUUACGAUAAUGGCUCUAAGUGAAAUCGAUGGAAACAGUACGGUAGGAAUUUGUUUUGUAGGAUACCUUAAUCAUCCGAUUCGCGGGGGCUUUUUGCUAGGGCCGGUAGUUUGCGUACUGUUUAUUGGCGGAUAUUUUCUCAGUAGAGGGUUAGUCACACUAAUUAAGUUAAAAAUCUCAAGCAAGGAAAUCAUUCCGGCUCGCUUCAACAAGAAAAUUAGACAGACAAUUGUGCGAAUGGGUAUAUGCACUGUUUUUACGUUUAUUUUUAUUAUUGCAACCAUAUGCUGUCAUAUUAAUGAAUUCCGGAACAGCGAAAACUGGGCUUUGGCGUUGAAAAAUUAUAUUAUUUGUCAGAUCUCUUCUACUUACACUGACGUGACCAGUUCGUGUAAGAUCCAAAACCGACCAAGUGUUGCUAUUUUACAGAUUCAUCUCAUAUGCCUUUUCGCAUCAGGUAUUGUUAUGUCCUCGUGGGUUUGGACCAACUCGACUUUGAAGACAUGGGGACGGUAUUUUCGGAGGCGCUUCGGAUCCGACAUAGAGGAACCGGUGAAGCUGCAGAAGCAUAAGGUUAUUGCACAAGCCUUUGCCAAGCGGAAAGAAUUCCAAAAUCAAGGACGACUGUCAAUUUCAUUUCAUAAUUCCUACACUGAUCCAGUUGGGUUAAAGUUUGAUAUAAAUUCUGCCAUGGGAAGUCAUGAUCUUAGCUCAACCUGGGCUAAUUAUCUACCGCGGUUUGUCAACAGACGUUACGCAUUGACCGGAGCAGCGACCAGCUCGAGUCAUGAUCCAAGGAAAAACUCUGUUGAUUCAGAGAUAAGCUUCAGCGUUAGGCAUGUUUCGGUGGAAUCCAGAAGAAAUUCAAUCGAUUCGCAGGUUUCAGUGAAAAUUGCAGAAAUGAAAACAAAAGUGGCGAGUCGGAGCCGAAGCGGAGUAAGUAGUAGUAAACAUCAUCAUCAUCAGCAACACAAGAAUAGACAUCAUCGAAGACGCGAUUUUACGUCAGCUUCGGGACGACGAUACAGCCGCAAAGAGAGCAGUACCUCUGUUGAAUCUCAAAUCAUUACGGCAAUUCAGAAGGGAAGGCAUUCUUCCAGUGGAAACAGUCAAUUUUUUGGAGCAACCAACAUGCAGCGAAGAACCGGGAUAGGCGGCAUGGAUGCUGAUCAAAUAAAUGAUUUCAUUUCCAAUGGAAAACUGUUGCUUCCUUUCUUGCACCAAUCUGGAUUAACGUCCUCAGAAGAUGACAAUGGUUCUAACGCAUCGUUUAAAGUUCAAGACUCUAAGUUUGAUGUAAUCCUAAAACAAAUCGGGGGAGCAAAUGGCUCAAGCAGCAGGCCGGACACAUAUAAUGCCGGUUGCCAAAUUGAAGAGUACCGCUCUAGUGAUGAUGAAAGCAGAGAUGGACUAAAACCUUCUACCCGGGAAGAUUUUCCCAGUGCCCUAAAAGAUGGUCUUAGGAGUAGUAAGGAGGGAGGCCGCACAAGCAAAAACAGUUCCAAAAGCGUUCGCAGCAAAAAAUCCUCACGCCAAGGAACAAUUCGAAAGUCACAAAAGCAUUCACGAGCUAGUCAGAAAAGUCAGCGCCAAAGUGACAAAAAGGAAAAAGCACGAGAACGGGAGAGGGAAAAGGAACGCGAAAAAGAGAUCGAACUUAUAGAACGGAACAAUGUUACUGAUUUUAAUGACUCUUCGUUUACUUCUUAUUGCUCGGAAUUAUCGCCGCUGAACGUUAACAGUUCCUAUUCGGGCGUUUCAAUGGCCAAAACUAAUUCACGUAACUCUAAACGCAGUUGUGACGUAGGUAUUCAAGCCAAUGCUGACGAAAUUGCCACUCAAACGAUGUCCUCGUUUGAAUUCUGCGAAAAGGCUAUCAAAAACGAAGAAAAUGAAGAUAUAUACACUGAAAAUCAUUCACUACUAGGUCCGAAAACUAUGUCCCACGUGGGGUCUGUGCGAAAGCGUGAUUAUGUUGACGUCAGUUUGACUGAAGCAGAAAAGCUCAAGUUACUGCUGCUUCCAUCCAAGUAAAGCAAUAGUCGAAAUCUCCACUGUAAUUAUCAUACUGAAAAAUACUCGUUACGGAGCAUCAUUUAAACGAAAUUUUUUACGAUUAUUUUAUUGAAUAUGGAAUAUUAAGUGUAUUUAGGGUAGCGCUUAGGUUGUAGAUCGUUAACAAACCAGUUAGUUAUUACAGUGGUAACUAUUACUAUGUUAGUUGUCUAUUUACCUCGUGAAAAUAGUAAUAACUGAGUGUUAAGAAGAUUCCCUUUUGUGGAACAAGACCAACAUAUGCAUUAGAAAAUGGUGCCUUUUUGCAUUAAACAACGUCAAUGUAUUGGGUAACACUUUUACAAUAGGAUAAGAAAAUAUUGUUUAUACACGUUUAUUUAAAAAUAAACGUGAUGCGAACUGAGCACAAGCAUUUUGUAUCAACAUUUACCACGGCAGUGCAUAAUUUUGAUAUAACUUUAUUAGUUUGUAAUUGUUUAAAAAUGAAUGUGUUGGACUAAAAGAUUACAGUGAUUGUACUAUCGUGAUUAAAAAAAGAAGAGCAACACUUUAAAUACCUAUGUUUAAA